UCUGCCCUUCUCUCUCCAGCCAAAGCUCUUGAAAGCUUUGGCUGGAGAGAGAUUUAUCUGGAUUACAUAGAUUUGGGGGCAUCCUUGAAAGUUUGCACAGGCGAACACUUCAGGUGAGCACUUAAUGUGUCCUUAAUCCUAGUGUGAAUCUUACAUGGAAAGAACGUAUAACAGUUUGCAUUUUUACAAUGUGCCCAGCAAAUGUUAAGCUUCUGGUGGGGGCAGCAGGGUGGGGUGUACUACCUCCAGUGAUGCUCAGAGCUUACUCCUGGCGUGGCUUGGAGAUCCUAUGGGGUUUAUAGGAUCUGCCGUGUGCAAGGCAGUCACCCACCCCCUGUCCUAUCGCUCCGGCCCCCAUGGAAAUGUUCAGCUUUUCCUGAAUACCUUUCCAGUUUGGGCCCAUCGUUAGAUGAGCAGCUACUGGCCCUUUAACUCGCCACGCAUAUCCCAUGAGACUUUGCGCCACCUGCCUCCUUAUAGCCCAUUAUGCCUUGCGCCUCCCAGCAACCACCUCACUCAGCGCCCACUUCCGGCCCCGCCUUUUCCGGCGCCUGCGCUACCAUGGCGCAGGGACAGCGCAAAUUCCAGGCGCGAAAGCCCGGCAAGAGCAAGGGCGCGGCCGCCGCGGAACGCACCCGGGGCCCAAAGAAAGGCGGUCGUGUCAUCGCUCCUAAGAAGGCGCGCGUGGUCCAGCAGCAAAAGCUCAAGAAAGACCUGGAGGUGGGGAUCCGGAAGAAGAUCGAGCAUGAGCUGACGAUGAAGGCCAGCUCCAGCCUACCCAAGAAGCUGGCACUGCUGAAGGGGAUGCCUGGCAAGAAGAAGGGGGCGUCCUCCUGACCGCUGCUCAGCAACAGCUCAGACCUUUCAGCGUAGCGGACACGGACUCCCCAAAGCCGCAGGCCACACCCCAGCCCAGCCUAGCCACUCUAUGGGGAGUGGCGCGGGUACAUUCUGUGCCCCAAUUCACAAUAAACUCCCUUUUUCAUUCC